AUGACUCUGCGUCAGGCGAUCGAAACAAGCUUCAUCCUUCUGGCGCUAUGGAUCGCCGUUGGAGCAAUCCGUCACGCCAUCCGGCCCGGACAAUACGUGUUUAAGAUCCAAGAACUUCACAAGCAAUACGGGCCCAUCAUCCGCGUAACCCCGGAUGAGAUCCACAUGAACGACGUCGGUUACCUCGACACGAUCUACGCCCCGUCCAUGACCCGCCUCGACAAGUAUGACUACCAACUGCGCACCUUACGUGUUCCCGGCGGCGUCGGGGCCACUGCCGAUUAUUACCUUCACAAAAUCCGUCGGGAAGCGCUCACUCCCUUCUUCAAUAAGCGCAAUGUCCUCUUGCUCGACGGCGUGAUCACCGAAAAGGUGAAGCAAUUGUGCGACCUGAUCGCCAAACAUGCGACGACAGAAACUCCUAUCAAUUUAUCGGAUGCGUUCUAUGGCUUUUCCAAUGAUGUUGUCAACAACUUUUUAUUUGCCCACGAAACCGACGUACUCGCGGAUGAACAGGAGGCGGCCAGACUCCGCCACAACAGUCAUGAGCUGCUCAAGGGAAUUAACAUGAACAAGCACUUCCCAUGGAUUCAUGAUAUUCUCGAAGCACUACCCCAAUCUCUAACCAGGCCGGUCAUGCCUCCGGGGCUAAUUGACAUGCUCGAACUCUUUGAUAAAAAGCCUGCUAAUCCAGGAGCCAAAGAAUCCGUCUACGAAUCUGUCCUCGACAACCCAAACCUCCCCGCAUCUGAAAAAGCCCUCCAACGCCUCGAACAAGAAGGCGCAUUACUUACCCUCGCAGGAACAGAGUCCCCCGCCCAAACCCUAAAUAUUAUCUUCUACCAUCUCCUCGCCAACCCCUCUCUGCUCACCAAACUUCGCAACGAACUAGACACCCUGCCUUCCCCCUCAACCUGGGCACAACUAGAGAAGCUCCCGUACCUCUCCACCCUCAUCGAAGAAGGUAACCGACUCUCCUUCGGCGUGACCGCUCGCGCAGCUCGGAUCCAGCACCAGCCUAUCACCUAUACUCCAUCCGCAUAUGUGACUACCCAAGGCCCCACGCACAGAUCUCAUAUCCUCCCUCCUGGCACCCCAGUCAGUAUUACGAUGUUAAGCGCACACACUGCCGAAUCGGUUUUCCCAGACCCGUAUGUGUUUAAUCCCGGGCGCUGGUUGGGAGAUGAGGGUCGCGAGCGGAGGAAUGUUUUGGGGAUUGAGCUUGCGAGGGCAGAACUGUAUCUUGUGACUGCUGCGCUGGUGCGGAUGUUUGAUUUAGAGUUGUGGGAGACGGGUGAGAGGGAUGUUUCUUUUGAGCAUGACUAUCAUGUUACGAUGCCGAAGCAUGGGUCGAGGGGGGUGAGGAUUGUGGCUAAGUUACGUUGA